AUGGCGAAUUCCACCGACCCUGUUCACUGUGCCAGAUCCACCAUUCGGUGGAACACUUUAUAUGCCACUGCCCGCAAUAUCAAGGAGCUAGAAACCUGUUCGACAUCCCCGGCAGCAUCCGAGACGCCCUCAGUGAAGAUCCUUGCCGCUCAGCGGCACUACUGGCUUUGCUCCGCGAGGCACCCUCUAUUCCCGCUAUUGGCACUAAUAUUCGAAAAAUGUGAACUAGCAACGUGUACGCCGCGAGAACCAGGUGUCGCGGGUGGUGAUGUCUGUUCGUCAGAUUCCUUCAGUGAGGAUGUGGCAGUAUUUAGUAAACAGAUACGGCAAGAAAAACCCUACUAUGUGGCGGACCCCGAAGUAGAUUCACUAAUGGUGCAAGCUAUUCAAGUGCUACGGUUUCACCUCCUAGAACUUGAAAAAGUGCACGAACUAUGCGAUAAUUUCUGCCAUCGAUAUAUUUCAUGUUUAAAGGGUAAAAUGCCAAUAGAUUUAGUGAUUGACGAACGGGACACCACCAAACCACCAGAACUAGGCGGUGCCAAUGGCGAGGGUAGAAGUAAUGCAGAUUCAACAUCACAUACAGAUGGAGCUAGCACACCAGACGUUGUGAGUACCCCCUUCGCGGGAGCACAUGGUCCUAUAUUGGCGAGCUACAAUGCGGUGGUGCACCCAUGUUCGUAGUACGACUAUGACCUUCUUGCAAAAACGAAGCGGGUGCUCACAAUGCCCUGGGAUAACGGCCAGAACUUCGCUUGAGAUCGCGCUGAAUAUGCUUAAUUGUACUACUUUAGAUACAACAAAUUAAAAACUAAAAUACCAAAAACAGAACGAUAGCAUUGAUUCAAAAUUGUCACUUUAAAAAAAACGAACAAACCAAAAGCCAAGAGAGCAAACAAAAAACAUUAUAAACGCCAAUGAAAAUCUGCAUUAACAUCUUAUGAGCCAUCAACGUAACAUUGAGAUGAUUAAUGAAGUUUGCAGCACGUACAGAAGCUUCAACCAUAGUCCAGGAUGUAAUUCCUCGCUCUAAGAAUCUAAAAUCCAUGUGUGAGCAAUUUCUAAACGUCUGGAUGAAAAAAAAGAAACAGGAAACAAAACAAAACUGUGGAAAUAGGAAAAAAGAGACUGAAUGAGACACAGAAUGGCAAGUGUGCAAGUGCAUCAGAGAGAAAAACGGAGAGAACACAAUACAAACAAUGGAGACAGUGAACAAGUAGAGUGGUAAACAAGCCAGUGAGUGCAAACAAUCACACUCUGACCACCGGCUCAGGUGCAUUGCUUUCCUUGUGUAUAUGUAUAAUCUCGUUUUUCAUCUAGCAUAUUACAAUGCCUUGAACCAUGAAUCCUGUUCAUAACAGAAAUCCAAAGAGAUAAGAAACAAAAAUGCAUAAAUCAGACAAUUUGAAUGAAUUGUGGAUUCUGUACGUGCUGCAAACAGUGGAACUUCAACAGCGUUGCAAGUAGAAGAAGAAUAACAGAAAAAAAAAUUGUUGUAUUGCUACAUCAUAAUUGCGAAUACUAAACAAAAGAAGUAAUACGACAAAACGUACGAAUCUGAUGUAUAGAUUGUAAAAGCAACUUUAUAUACGUAAUUAAAGUAUAAGGAUUAAUACAAAAGAAAAUCAAAUUAAUUUCAACCUUUAUUGAACAAAAAUCAAGCAGAAAAGCUGUUAAGGCAAGCCAGGAAAAGAUAAGGAAGAAAAAAGUAGCAAGUAUACUUCGUUUUUGCAAGAGGCCCAUAUAGCUCGCCAAUUUCUCAAUACACGGAACAAUUUGGCAACAAUGCGCGCGAACACAUGUGCAUGUGUAUGCGCACCUGUGAUCAUCAUCUUUAAUAGAUCCUACCCGAACACUUACGAAAGUUUGCGCGCCUACUAUGAACAGAUUUUCUGGAUAUCAGAUGGUAUGCUUUUCAGUCGUUUCGAUUUGAAACUUGGUGCAUUAUGCCAUGAACUGGAAAACAAAAACCCCAGAAAAUCAAUACCGUCUGUUGCUCCCGAUGAUUUAAAUUUGCUCAAUCUAGCUUUUAUCGACAACGCACAGUGAUGAUCACAUUGUUGUCAAACGGUUCCGUGUUUGCAUGUAUAGUUGUAUUUUUACUUUGAGAAAGUAUUUUCUUUGUGUAUUAUUUUUUCUUUAGUUUACUAUCAAAUAGUCGAUCUUUACCCUAUAAAAAACACGUUAAAUGAUUCCUCCGAGGUUUUGGGACAAAUAUACAUAAUUCGUACAGAGCCACCGAAGUAGGCUUUGUUGACUUUUUUCUAUUGUGGUUACUUUUCCUCGUUGCACUAUUGCAAAUAGAAUCUCUUCAAGCGAUUAAAAGAUGAAAACAAAUCUUUAUCCAGUCAAAAUCUAUAGCUGAGAUCAUUUCAGAGAUGAUUGUAUGGGUUCAAUCAGGUGUCUCCUGUUUCAAUUACUAAUAGCGUACGAUACGUAGAUGUUAAGGCCAAUCCAAUUGAAACACGCAGAAUAAUCCUGAACCAUAUCUUAUGUUUGUAUAAUUUUUCCACUUUUUAAUCUUUCACUUCCAUUCAUACCUCUCAACUGUGUGUUAGGGGCAGUAGAGUAAAGUGAUAGAAAGUGAACGUAAUAAUACAUUCAAGGAUAAAACAAACGAUAUACGUAAUUUACAUAUGACUGAAAUUAAUUUUUCUCAUGUACUAAUCCCGCCUUAGCAGUGCGAUAAUGUCGCUGUUCGGCUGAUACUACUAAACUACUGAAUCUAGGCAAGAUGUAACAUUAAAUACAAACAAAAAAACAAACGAAAAAGUGAUGUGAACGACAACAAACCACUGUAUACGAUUUUAAAUCUUCGAUACCGUAAGAAAAUGAUCAGGUUACAUAUUUCAAGAUUGAUCGCGAUUGAUUUUUAAAGUUUUUAACAAUGCCUACGGGUUACCAUACUGAGUUGCGACUUUCAGUAUUAUGCUUCCGGAGGCCGCAACUAUUUCACAAGUAUACUUUGCCGUACGAUGUCCUCUUUUUAGUUACUGCGACAACAAACUAAAUUGGAUAUACAUAGUAUACUACGCAAAUGUAAUACGAUCGUGAUCGUUGAUGUAUACUUACAGCGUUUUCGCAGUUUUAAUCAAUUUUCUACCCCUUACGAUAAAAGCGCAUUUCUUCUAUUUGGUCUGUAGGAAACACAUGGAUAGAGUUUUAUUUCGAUCGCUAUUAUGGGUUUCCAAAUGCAUUUUCUACUAAUAAUGCCAUGCUUAUAUCUUAUCCCUGCAAAAUGCUGAGUUUUAGCGAAUAGUAAAGGAAGAUUCAAAGCCAAACAAUGAGCAGCAGCAAAGCAAACAAGUGUAAAACGAUUCAAAUUAAAAUUAAAUUCAUACCAAUGUCUCUCAAAUAAAGUAAAUAUUUCAAUGAUUAGUAAACCAACCACAACAAGAAUCCAACCCUAUACACAAUUUACCUAGAUAGAUUAUAAGUUAAGAUUUAAAUUUAACAUGAUGAAAUGCGUAUACGAACUAUAUUUAAAAGAAGCAACAAAACUACAAACCACGGAAAGGAGCAAAAAUAUUUUAUUAAUGAAAUAUUUUUUGUAAGUAUGUAAUAAAAGAAAAAAAUAUAUUUAAAUUAACUCAAUCUAUGAAAAAGGAUGCAAGAAGACGAGGUAAACUAAUUAAACAAAAGUAAAUCAACAAAUUGUAAACUUAGCUAAACUCGCUUCUGGCGGUGGUCAUGAAAAAUUAACAAUGAAUUCUUCUCGAAUUAUUAUAAAAAGUAAGAAGAUCAAGCUAUAUGGGCAUUUUAGUUUAAAAUUAAACGAAAAUAUCAGAAUUGUGGAAGAAAAGCAAACUCCCCAAAUUGAAUACAAUAAUUAAAAGAAUGCGAAACAAAGAAAAUCAUACUCAGUAUACAAAAAAGUAAAAUUUGUGAUUUUUAUUUAUAUUAUUAAAACUUUAGAGAAAGGAAAAUGAAAUGUAUAAGCAGCGAAUGUUUUUAGACAAUUAUCAUUAUGUUUGGCAAGGCAUGUUCUUUUUUCGUUAUGAUUUAUUGCAGCUGAACAGGCAAGUAGUACCCAAAAUACAAUCCUGGAACCAAUGGGCAGAAUGAGUGGAAUGCGGCUCACUACGCAAUGAUUUCACCAAUGUGGUAGCUUCUCUCAACGAUAAAUCAAUACUUCGUAGACAUUGAGCUAAUGUUUUAAUGGUGGAAAAACAAGAUAAUUUUGCAUCGCUCAUUAAACUUCUUUGUCUAAAUUUUUAUAUAAAGGCGUUUAGAUUUUGUAGAAAAAACAUAAAAAUUCAACAACAAUUCAUUGAUUGAUUCUUUUCAUAAAUGUUCGCUCACUCGGUUACAAAAGCGCUCUCAUGCUCUGCUUGUUGUUUCUAGUGUAGACUAAAAGUCCACCAGUAAAAGUAUGGACGACUGUCACCAGAAAACUGAUAAAAGCUGUUCGAAUUGAACAAUGGAAUGCAUUUUGAAGGUUCUAUUGGAACACCUUUUGGCAGGCGUCCAACCUUUUACUAGAGGGCUUUAGUGUUAGCUCCUUGCAUCGACAUAUGGGGUGAAAAUAUUACCGUUACAGCUGAAAACUGGGAAAACCCACUAGCAAAAAUCAAUUUUACUCUAGUUCUAUACGUUAUACAAAGUGUCGGAAGAAGUGCAAUGAUGCGCUAUAGUGCGCACAACUUCCGCCACUAUGUCUAACGUGUAGAACAAAGUAACAUCAAUUUUCGAUAUUGCGUUUUUUUCAGUUUUCAGCUGUAACAACAAUAUCAUGUUUAAACUUAAAUCACGAAGAGAAUCAAUUCUAUCUUAAACACCUCAGAACAUGAUGAAUGAAAGAACUGAAUUAGGAGGCGCAUUCCACAACAUCCCCAAAAACAAGUAACCAAUACACGCAGAAAACAAAUAGUGCACAUCAGAAAAGUUAAUUUUUUUCGAAACAAAUAGGUUUUAGUUAGCGCUCGUCUGUUUUUAUUAUCAUUAUUAUUAUUAUUGAAGGAUUAUUGUCUAUUGAUUAUAAUAAUUUUUAUUUUAUCUAUACAACGCAAAAAACUAACUUAUCAAAAUUAAAAAAAAACACGAAAACAGAAAAAAAUAGCUGAGGCCGAUUUUUGUCGAAUCCGGUCAUGGUGGUAACAUAUAAAUAUUGAACAUAUAUGAAUUAUUUUUUAACAAAAUAAAUGUUUUGUUGUUAAAAUAUAA